AUGACACAAUCCCGACGGACUCCUGCGUUGUGCUUCUGGUCGUUGUUGCUCGUGGUUGUGCUGUUAAUGACAUUUGUCAUUACCGUCUCCGCACAGAUAAGGGAUAGCUUGACGGUCGUACCGGUUGACAUUGCAUUUUCAGGGGAUGAAGCGGGUUUAGAUGCACUAGCAUCGACCGACAUGACGUUGGGGACUGUGAAACCUGCUACAGGAAAAGACGAUGAAUCAAGUGCGACAUCUUUAUUAAGAAGAUCGUCCACACCACAGACGCUAAAUACGUUAGUAGAACAUUCAGCGACGGCUAGUCCGUCAAAUAAUGCACCGGGAGUAAUAGAAUUACCACCAGGAGUCACAAUAGUACCGCCGGGAGUGACAGCAAUACCACCAGGAGUCACAAUAGUACCGCCGGGAGUGACAGCAAUACCACCAGGAGUGACAGCAACACCGCCAGGAGUGACAGAAAUACCACCAGGAGUGACAGCAACACCGCCAGGAGUGACAGAAACACCACCAGGAGUGACAGCAAUACCGCCAGGAGUGACAGAAACACCACCAGGAGUGACAGAAAUACUACCAGGAGUGACAGAAGUACCGCCGAGGAUGGCAGGGGCGCCGACGACUGCCCCAUUGUCUACUGAUGCUCUCUCGACUGGUCAUGUAGCAACUCACUACCCUGCAAACCACCCUGCAACAACUUCUGUCACGACGGCACCAGCAGCCACCACCCCGACAUCAGCAACAACGAUCCCAGCAACUAUUCCGACUGAAGAUACUACGACCUUACUACCCUUUGUGCCUCCCCGAGCUAUUCCGACUUUAUCUCCUAAUGCUUCUGAGUCAACACCAGGCCGCUCAGGCUUGGACUCAAUAUCAACUUCUGGCUCAAUUUUCGAUUCAAGCAAUACUGCACUGGAUUCUGCAGACAACAGUGUGAAAGAUAUGUCGACCGAGGGUACUGAAGGAAAGGAACUGACGCUUGCGCCGAUCACGCCAGAUGAUACUGACAUCAAGGCCAACGCUCCUACCGAUACUUAUGACAGCAGUUCAGGACCGAACGCGUCCGCAUCCUCGGAUCAAUCUCUCGACGGCUGGAAGCUUGCACUAGUGAUUAUUGGUGCGGUGUGCGUUGUGGUGGCGUCAAUUUACUUCGUUCACAAGCAUCACGUGCGCAAUGCGGCUGCAAACAAGCGCGACCGAGACAGUUUUGAGCAGCGUGCUUUGGAAUCAUUUUUCGGACAGAACCGCGUGACAGUACCUCGUGAAACUGCGGUUUCAUCCCUCAACUUUGUCACUGAUAUACUUACCCCUCGCAACGGAAAUGCCGCCUCAACGUUGUUUGGAAAGAGAUCCAACACGGAGAUGCAAAUGGCCGUGGCUCGUUCUACAGCUCAAGGCUUUCAUCAAAGCGCUACCAGCAGUAUCCAUAGGCCGACGGAUAAUUAUCACACCAACGAGUUCGACCCAUUCACUGCCAACGAAUCAUUAAUCACGUCAUCGAAGACUUCCCCAGUCAUCCAGUCCGAAUCUGAGUAUUUCAGCACUAGUUCCGUAUCCCUUGGAAGCAUCGCGCCUUCAAUCUUAUCAAGCCAGGGAUCACUGCAGCCGUCAAUCUUUGACGUUGGUAUACGAAACACGAAUCUGACAGACCGAUCAAAUAGCGGCUUCUCUGUAUCACUGGCGUUAUCGGAUAGUGAGAUCUACCGUAUGAGUGAUCAAAUACCGGAAGGGUCGGUUUUACGACGUGGGGCGCCGCAAUUAUCGGCAUCUACGAAACUCAGGGGCUACUCGAGCCGCAACAGCGAUGAUUUCAGUAUCGAUGAAAGCUAUGUCGAAAGCUUCAGGACCCGAUUGACUCAAGAUAAUUUUAGUUUUUUUACUACCGAUAGCUAUGAAACACAAACUACUCAAGGCAUAGACGAUGAUGAUGAAGAUAUUUUAUCAACAACCCUGUCCAAGAAUUCAGAAAUGAGCGAAGGCGAGAUUUAG